AUGUCAACUGAAGUGAUAUCAACCUCAGUGGUGUCUGAACCGACACAAGAGAUACUUCCAGCGGAGUAUUCUCUAGAUGCGCCUGAACCAGAACACUGUCCCGGGCCAGAGUCUGAAAUGGCUGGUAAGGCAGAUGCCUGUCAGACUUGUGAGAAUAAAGAUAUAUGUGAGAGUCUACCGAAAGGUCCUGAUCCGGACAUACCUUUGAUUACAGAGAAUUUGAGCGGUAUAAAGCACAAAAUACUAGUUUUAUCUGGUAAAGGAGGUGUUGGUAAGUCUACAUUUACCACUAUGCUAAGUUGGGCAUUAUCUGCUGAUGAUAAUUUGCAAGUUGGAGCCAUGGACUUGGAUAUUUGCGGGCCUUCCUUGCCCCAUAUGCUAGGUUGCACCGACGAAGUAGUGCAUGAAUCAAAUACUGGGUGGACACCUGUAUAUGUCGCUGAGAACUUGGCAGCUAUGUCUAUACAAUUCAUGUUACCAGAGGAUGACUCAGCAGUGAUUUGGAGAGGUAAUAAGAAAAAUUUAUUGAUCAAGAAGUUUCUGAAGGAUGUGGUUUGGGAUGAUCUUGAUUAUUUAGUCGUGGACACGCCACCAGGAACAUCCGAUGAGCAUAUUUCGAUUAAUAAAUAUAUGAAGGAAUCGGGUAUAGAUGGGGCUUUAGUUGUCACUACACCACAAGAAGUAGCCUUGUUAGAUGUACGGAAGGAGAUAGAUUUUUGCAGAAAGGCGGGCAUAAACAUUUUGGGUUUGGUGGAAAAUAUGAGUGGAUUUGUGUGCCCAAAUUGUAAAGGAGAAUCGCAGAUUUUCAAACCAACUACUGGAGGUGGUGAAGCUCUAUGUAAAGAACUAGGUAUCAAAUUCCUCGGUUCAGUACCACUUGAUCCACGAAUUGGAAGAUGCUCUGAUGAGGGUGAAAGUUUCCUUGACGAAUUUCCAGAUAGCCCCGCUACAUUGGCUGUAUUAAAUGUUGUAGAAGAAUUGAGAGAUGCAGUUGGUGAUGUCUAA